CGGGGCUGUCGCCGUGGCAGCCGGAGGCCGUGGGUAGGCGAGUCUCACCGCGCGGGGGGCGCUGCUGCGCCCAUUCCACCGGCGGGUAGACUGAGGCCCCUGGGCGCAGGCGGCGGCCAUGGCCCGUGAGCUGCUGGGUGGCGCGGGGCUGUACUUCGACGAGCUGAACAAGCUGCGGGUGCUGGAGCCGGGCGUGGCGCAGCAGACGGCGGAGCUGCGGGAGGAGUGCAAGGCCUUCGUGGACAGAAUUGCAGAGUUUCAAAAAAUAGUGGGUAGCUUAAUUGAACUUGUUGAUCAACUAGCAAAAGCAGCUGAAAGCGAGAAGAUGAAGGCAAUUGGUGCCCGAAAUUUGCUAAAGUCUAUAGCUAAGCAAAGGGAAGCACAGCAACAGCAGCUUCAGGCUUUAAUAACUGAGAAGAAAAUGCAAUUGGAAAGAUAUCGAGUAGAGUAUGAGACCCUAUGUAAAAUAGAAGCUGACCAGAAUGAAUUCAUCGACCAGUUCAUUUUUCAGAAAUGAAGGACUUGGAAACCAAACAGCAAUGACCUUGGAAAACUUUACCAUUCCAGUAUACUAAUAAUUCCAAAAAUAUGCAGUUUUGCAUAGUGUAUGAAUGAGCAAAAUGGUUUGUACAAAGGAAAAAGCUUUUUUUAAUUCUGUAUGAACUCAAACUAAAAUGGCAAUAAGAAAGGGUUUCCCCCAGAUGUAAAUAAGACCAGUUCUAGCCUUUCACUACUUUUUAAAAAGUUUGGUAUGGUCAGUAGUUUGAAUUCAAAUAAGUACUGCUGCUACUAUGCGACUCCCUUACCUUUUGAAAUGUACGGUACUUUCAGGUAAAUCAGAAAAAUAAAUUAUUGUUUUUAGACACUG